UGACAGCUAUGUAGUCUACCCCACACCCUGUCUUCCAGGAAAGAAAGGGCAAAGGAACCGACAAUCCAACGCAUCAAUGUAAUUUCGUCCUGCACAAUUUAUGAAACGAAACAGCCACCGUUUUGUACAGGAAUUUCAACUUCUCAGCUUUGAUCUUCUGACUUGAUCUUCUGGUGCAGCAACAGUCUGCCGACUCCGAUGCAUCCUUAUGGAUCCUGGUGGGAGUGAUCUGGAGUCGAGUCUUCCCCAGGCCGAAAACCCUUGCCUUAUUGUUGAAGACUCCCAGCCUGACAGUGUCGCCCUGGAAGACGACCCUGACAGCAGCUAUCGUGCGUUGCUGGCCCGUCGCUUUUCCAACCUCCAACCUGCCUCUCACAGCCCUGUCUUGGAACUUAUCUCUUCCCCCUCUAAAAGUAGAUGUUCUCAAAGUGACGGUCAGGUUGACAAGACUGACGGGGUACCGCAUGCUGACAAUUUGCAGCAUAAUCUCAGUUUGUCAGCUACUGAGCAUAGUCAAGUUUUUGAAGUUUGCUCUCAUCCCAACACAAAAAGAGGAGAUCAAGAGGACAUGGAUUCUGGGGCUGAUUCUACCACUCAUUGUGCACAGACAGAAGGGGGAAUGUCUCAGUUUGGUCUCCUGAAGCUAUCGGAGAGUCAAGGUGUGCCUGACGAGCACGACAGAGAUAGUAGUGACGAGGAUGUGGAGGCGACACCUGCCAACCUCUUGCCCCCAAACCCCCUGAAACUGGCUAUCCAAAUGGGAAAGGAAGCCUCCUGUAGGACAUCAGGCAGCCAAGAUGGCAGAUCUAGAAGGCAGGAGGUUAGUUCCAGCAGCCCCUCUGAGCCUCAGAGAGAAGGCAGAAAACUGAGCAUUCAGGCCAUCUUGCACUCGCAGGUCCCUGAGUCUGUAGAGGCAGGAGAUGAUGAGAUUGUCUCCUCUCAGGACGACAUGUUUGACGGCUCUAAAGUAGACAGCACAGUAGCGGAACCUGAGAAACAGGAGCCCACAUCCACCCCUGCACACAGCCUCCGCCUGCUGCACCUGUCUGGGCAGGGAACCCUAGUGCAGGAGAGCCUUUCACAACAGUCUGUUGACUUUGUGGCUGCUACCCAGGAUGGACCAAGCCAAGCUCCCCUCAUUGUUCCCAACUCGCCAACGGGACAGGAGAACAAGCAUGAGUAUGAUGAGGCUGCAGAGUCUCCAAUGGACACGUCCGGCCCCCCAGAAGACCAUGCCCAAAGGAGGGGGGAAGAGCCAAUGGACACGGACACUGUCUCUAAGCCCACAGCAGCUGCCCCUCUGUCCCAGAAUUCUCCCAACUUUGCUAUGGAGAAGAUCCUCUCUUUGCCAUCACAGCCAGAAUUUUCACAUGAUGUGUUUGUCCCUACACCAUCCUUAGAAAGUGGGGACAGCAGUCAAAGUGCAGACACUUCGAGGAGGAAAGCAUCACAGAAAGAGAACCCAUCUACAACACACCAUGCAGAAACGCUGAAAAAGCCAGCUGAGAACCAGCCGUCGGCGGUGGCUGCAUCUCUCCAGCUGGCACUCGACAGCGAGAACAGCGUUUUUGAUCGGAAGACUCAGGGGUUCCUAGUGGAUGACGAUAGUCAGGACACACAGAUAGAGGACAUUGGAGGGACUGUAGGGGCGGAGGAGAGGGACUCUGGUGCUGCUUUCCAGAGCGGGAAUGUGGAAUCUGGCCUUAGUAAAGCUGCUAGUCCGCAGCAGGUUUCCCAGCGGCCUGAUGGGGAAAGUACACGUGCUGCUUGUGGAACGAAUGAGGAAAUCCGCCCCUCCCAAAAGCCCCUCUCCCCAUCGGCGAACAGACGGGACACGAAAGUGACUGGCAGUACACCCGAGUCGCGUCAGCUUCCGGAGGCGCAGAGCUCUGCAGACACCCCCGUGGCUCGGCAUAUGGACGACCAGGUACUGAGUGAAGGCCUGAGGGACAGCACCUGUUCACAGAGCGUGGCGUCACCUGGUGGAGCUGCUGGCUCCGCCCAUGCUAACAAACCCUCACAGUCGCAGUCUGUAGUAUCCCCUCACAAGGAAACCGCAAGGGAAGUAGGACAAGACCUCAGUUCUCAGAGUCAGAGCCAGCCCAUGUCGCAGAGCCACAGAAGUAACAGUGCCGGGAAUGCUGAAGUUCAGGAGGACGAGGAGGAGGAGAGGAUGGAUGAAGGGGAGGUCCAGAGCACUAGCAGAAGUGGGGGCUCAGGGCUGGGCCUGGCUCUCUCUCAGAGUCAGGCUUGCUCCCCAGAGCCUAUGGAGGAGGGAGGGGAAGUCUCAGAGCCCACAGCCAGUGGCGGGUGCCCCAUGGCUGGCAAGGGUAUGGAGAGCUCCAGCAUCACAGUGCUGGAAGAGGCUCAGAGAGUCUCUCGAGAGAAAGCACGGCACGGGACGUCGCCGCAGCUCCGGAGCGCCUCGCAGCCCGUGACGGGCUCCCAGAGGGAAACGUGUGAGACUGGAAGGAAGGCCACAAGCUCUCAGCCGAGCAGCUCGGGGCUGGGGUCUCCCCUUCGCUCUCGAGCUGCGAUGCAGGUCUCCAAGAACAGCGAUAGUGGGGGCCGUGGGGGCCCGGCUGAGGGCGGCUCAGCCAACAAGAGCCUGAGUGACAGCUCUGAAGAGCUCCCGUUCCACUUCACGCUGCCUAGAGACAGUGAACUGAUGGGGGCUGUGGUCAGCACCACUCCCCCACACGUCCGGCAGCUGAAGAACACGCCACUACACAGCACUCCUAUUGAAACGAGCUCGUUCCGUGAACGGUCGGAAGGUGAUGUUACCAGGGAGACGACGGUGGCGGCCAGUGAGAUCUCUGUGGAGGAGAGCGUGGAGGGACAGGAGCCCACCGCUAAGGGGGGUGAUGGAAAACUGAGUCUGAAGAUGAAGGUGGUGAGUCCAGUGGAAGAGGGCAGCUCUGGGUCUGAUCGCUUCAGCCUUCAAAAACCUCCAUUAACAGAUGAGGAAUGCUCUGUCUCCAAGGCUACCACUGUCGUCAAGGCUGUUACCAGUCCGUCUGUAUUUAGCCGAGUGAGGGAGGUUCACAGGCAGCGCCCGGCUGAGGAGGUGCAGGGGUCCAGCGACAUGCUUGUCAGACAUCCGAGUAUAACCGCCCACAGCCUAUCAAGCACUGGUGACACUGGGCUGUCUCCUGAUCGCCCCCUGGAGGCAGUUGGUAAUGGUACAGCAGGUGGGCUCAGCGAGGCUGCUCGCCGACCAUCGCAGCAGCCCAAUGGCACAGUCACAGAUGCAGAGCCUUUAGCAACCGCUCAGGCCCAGGUGCAGCCCUGUGCAGGAGGUGAGCAGGAUGCCCCCAGCACUUCUGGACAGGCAUUGAGUGGGAUGCCCAUACGACAGAGAGCCACGUCUCAGCAAACAAGCACCGACCUUGCUUCGACCGCCAGCCCUGUCAGAAAAAGAGCUGUCUCUCAGCAGACCAGCUUGGAUCUCUCUGGAGGGAGGGGGGAGCCAGUCACCCCGCCUCGAUCCCAACCUGGGCCAGUCACCCCGCCUCGAUCCCAACCUGGGCCUUCCCACCGUAGACACGUCCGCACUGUGCAGGAAGUGCGCACCACAGUCACCCGCAUCAUCACCGACGUGUACUAUGAGGAUGGCAGAGAGGUGGAGCGUAAGGUCGUGGAGGAGUCUGAGGAGCCGGUGGUGGAGCGCUGUGUUGUGGACAGUGACGUCUCACCCUCCCGCACUGGGAGCUCAAUGACGUCGGGAGACUUUGCGGACAUGAGCUCGAUCUCAUCCAAGGCCCCCUCCAGUGGCUCCAGCAGCGGAGGGCCGGGUCCCAGCAGGGCGGCGGACUUUCUCAUGCCUGCCGGCCGCGGGGCAAAGUCUGGCAGCCCCAGGAGAGGGGGCAGACCGCACCCCAGGGCCAGCGUGGCAGCAGGCUCGGAGUUCAUGGGUGUUCUAGGCUCUCCAAGCACCGCUGCCCCGCUUAGCCCCCGUGGCCAUGCCCGGAGAGGACGGCCCCCCUCACGCUCCACCCUGUCCAGAGGUGGGCGUGGCGGUCAGAGGGGCGGAGCCCACAGCCUCACUGCGUCUUCCUCCGAGGAGGAUCUGGUCACGCCCACUGCUGCCCACGGCCUCGGCCGCUCGGACUCGCUGAGUGCCGCGUCUCCCGAGAGAGGUGGUGGCAGCGCCAGCAGCUUCGUGGGCCUGCGUGUGAUGGCGAAGUGGUCGUCCAACUCCUACUUCUAUUCUGGCACCAUCACCCGAGACCUGGGCGAGAGCCACUUCCGGGUGCUCUUUGACGACAACCAGGAGUGUGAGGUGCAGGGGAGAGACGUCCUGCUCUGCGACCCCGUUCCCGUGGGGGCGGAGGUUACCGCGCUAACGGAGGAAGAGUACUUCAAUAUUGGUAUAGUGAGGGGCCAUAAGAAGCAAGGCUCAGAGCUGCUGUAUUGUGUGGAGAAGGACAGCCAGAUGGCGUGGUACGGCAGGACCGCGGUCAUCCUCACCAUGGAGCAGGGAAACCGCCUGAGGGAACAGCACGGCCUCGGCCCGUACGAGCCCCCAACACCCCAGGUUAUGGCCUCCGAUAUCAGCCUCGACAACCUGGUUGAGGGGAAACGGAGGCGUCGAGGAAACGGGUCCGGGCCGGGCACCCCGACCCAAGGCUCUGCGAACAGCCCGAGAACCCCGGGGAAAUGGAAACUUGCAAGCUCCAUGGAUGAAGAGAAGAUACCUGCAAAGAGAGGACGACGAGGGGGCGGGGCCAGAGUGGGCUCACGAGUGGCCGCAUGCAACACGUCUGGGAGUGGCGCCGAGCUGCCUGCUGACCCCAGUGACCUGCUGAGGAGCCACGGUCCUCUUCCCGAGAGCACCUCCCUCUUCAUGGGCUUCGUCUUCAUGCUCACGUCUUCCUCGGAGCACGACAGGGAGGCCAACGAGAAUACCUGCGACGGUGACGAGGACUAUGUGCAGAUAGCCCCAUAUAACAAGCGGUAUACGGAGAGGCAACUAGAGGCGGGAGGAGGAAUGAUCCUGCCUGAAUUCAACGAAGAGCAGUGUAAAGCAGCCUAUCAGAGUCUCCUCAUAGCGGACCAGCACUGCCGCACCAGGACAUACCUGCUGUGUGUGGCGGGUGGGGUUCCCUGCGUUUCGCAGGUCUGGGUGAGGGACUGCUGUCAGGAGAAGAAGCUGAUGAAUUACCGGAAUUACCUGCUACCGGCUGGCUUGGGGCCUGAGAAACGCAUCAUAGAAUGGCAUGCACGUUGCAACCCUUUCAAAGCGCUGAAGAUUCUGCUGUUUGCAGAAAACCGUGUGGACCUGUGGACUGCUUUGCUUACCAUGUGUGGAGCAGCAAAAGUCCAUCAACAUGAAGCAAAUGGGAAGAGUUCAGACGUUCCAGCUGAGCAGUUUGACGUGGUGGUGUUGGCUUACACGUGUUCCCCAGACAUGCUGAAGUUGGCUGUGGUCGCAGACACGCCAGUGGUGUCAUUGGAGUGGUUGGUUCAGUGUGUGAUCUGUGGAGAACGCUUGGCCUACGACAGCCUCCCUGAAUACCAACCCGACUACUCGCCCUAAGCUGCCUCCGUUAUGGCCAAUCCCUUCUGUCUUUUAAAUGUCCUGCUGUUUUAGUGCAUGCCUGCCUUUUAUUGUACAUAGUUUUAAGCUCUGUUUUUAUGAAGUAAUAAACUGUGGUUUCUUUUC